AUCCACUCCAUCAUGCCCAACAAACCUCGCCUUUCCAAUGAGAGCGACUCUACCCAAACCUCGCGCUCAAACAGCUGCGGUAGCGGCAGCGACGGCAGCAACAGCAGCGACAACAGCGCCUCCCACGAUCUAUCUCUCGGCGGCGACGGUGUGCAUUCCGCUGACACCUCCGUCUCGUCGGUGUCUAGCGACUGGACGCCAUUCCCAUUUCCCCGCACAGAGUACCCGUACAGCUCGACGCCUCGCUGGCCUCUUUGCGCCUCUGACGAGAGGGACCGCUACUCGCGGGCGGUAUGGGCGGCGCGUCUUGCCUCGGUCGAGUGGCGAGAGACCGCCCAGAGCAAUCCUGAGGCCCUCGUCUCACUUAACCUCUUUGCGUGCGCUGUUCUCGACUCGGCUCUGGACCGCAUGUACAAGGCGCGUACGGACCCUUGGCCCCCCUUCGACACCGCCACGGACGACGAGUACUUGCUGAGGAUGUACAAGCGCCCCAAGAGCGAGCUUCCGUUCGCUGGAUGGUUGCGACUUAUAGACGUUUACAUCGAGAAGGCGUAUGAUGCGGCCGUCAAAGCCCUUCCCGACGCCGCUGCAGACAAGGCCCCGCCCCUCCAUGGCCCAGUGCGCGGGCUGUGUCGUUGGACCCUUGUGCAUCGAUGGAGGCCCAUCGCCGACUCCUUCAACCCCCCGAGUUACCGCGAUGAGCAGAAUCUUCCGCCUGCCCCCAGCCUACAGAUCUUGGGCCCAUACGACCCACUCUUCUCGGAGGCGAACACAGCCCGCGUCCAGGCGUGGCACGCCAAGGCGGUUGAAGAGGAGACGGCGGAUUGGGAGCGUGUUUACGGCAACCCCCGGCCGACGAUCGCCAGCGUGGCCAACAUGAUUUCUGAUGAGACUGAGUUGAAUGACGAAGACAGCUCAAGCUUGGACGAGGAAGAAUGGGAAGCCGUGACUAAUCCGAAGGAGCCCUCGUCCAAUCCUGCUCCACGGUACAUCUCAUGGCGCGAGUAUGAGAUCAUGCUGGCGGAGGGGCAGUCGGACGCCUGGGCACCCUCGUAGUUGUCAUUGACGCGUUGUUUGUUUGUAUUGCUGGACAUAGCAUUAAGACACGAGCCUUGCCCUUGCGUGGCACGAGAUGCAAUAUUGGAGGACCCACG